ACUUGGAGCUCCCGAGCUUCGCGUCGCCGCCGACGGCACGCAGCUCAAAGGGGGAGUGUCGUAUCGACCGAUUCAUAUCUGUGGUAUCAACACUACAAAUGGACAUUUUCACGAUUUUAAUCUGUUUGGAAAACAAACUCGUUGCUAUAAAUGAGGUCAUUUGUGACGCCCUCGUGGGUAAUGUCGAUGUUUGGGAGGACGCGAACUGUGCAGAAUCCAGGUUGAAAUCAAGUUUUCCUGUGACGUCACUCGUUCGGCGUCGGCCUGGACGUGGCACCGAGGGAGCGCUGCGAGCUUUCAAUUUCAGCGAGUUUUCGGCUUCGACCGUUCCGCUGCCGAGCACGAACGAGGACGAGGACUUCCGCUCUCCUGCCGAACCGGACCGGGACGCUCGAGUCAAAAUGGGGCUGACGAUCUCGGCGAUGUUUGCGAAGUUCUUCGGCAAGAAGCAGAUGAGAAUCCUGAUGGUGGGCUUGGACGCAGCUGGUAAAACGACCAUUUUGUACAAACUCAAGCUGGGAGAGGUCGUCACCACCAUUCCGACCAUUGGCUUCAACGUGGAGACGGUGGAGUACAAGAACAUCUGCUUCACCGUUUGGGAUGUUGGCGGCCAAGACAAGAUUCGCCCUCUCUGGAGACACUACUUCCAGAACACACAGGGUCUCAUCUUCGUGGUGGACAGCAACGACAGAGAGCGAGUGGCCGAGUCGGCAGACGAGCUUUCAAAGAUGAUCCAGGAGGACGAUCUGAAGGACGCUGUGAUUCUGGUGUUCGCCAACAAACAGGAUCUUCCCAACGCCAUGGCGGCCAGCGAACUCACUGACAAACUGGGCCUGAACAACCUGCGCAGCCGCACCUGGUCCGUGCAAGCCACCUGCGCCACGCAGGGGUCGGGCCUGUACGAAGGCCUCGACUGGCUGUCCAACGAGCUCGCCAAGCACUAGACCGGCUGUCGAGAAACGGGAAGUGGCGGACGAGGAGGCGUGGAAUUUCACAGGACUGGUUCUUCGUCGUCUGCUUUCUUUUUCUUUUUUUUUAAAUUAUGUGUCAGCAGGAGGAAACUUGUCGGACUCCCGUUCUUCUCUUCUCGAGUUCCUCGUCUUUGUUUUCCUACGCAUGUUUUUACCGAGUCGUGUGACAGGAUGCGGCGGGGCUCCCGGCUGUCGCGCCGUGCCCACGGAGGCCUCGUGCCCCUCGUCAUUGAUGUGAAAAGCAGCGAUUGAUGCAAUAAAGGUGUUUUUCUUUGG